AUGGAGAAUUAUUUAUUAAGUUCGCCGACACAGCUAUCACAGCCAUAUGAUGAUGGUACAAAUAGUUUACUAUUUAUGGACAAUUAUGAACUAUCACAAAAUUUAUCUCAACCGUUAGAUCAACAUUUACAGUCACUACAACAACAACUGCAAGUACAACUGCAAGCUCCACAACAAGUGCAACUGUUGAAUCAACAUCAACAAUUGCCACAAAUACAACCAUUCCCAACAUUGGUAAAUAACCAACAAUAUGCUCAAGAGACGUUUCAACAAUUAAGUCAACAACACCAGCAACAGCAACAACAACAACAACAGUUUUCACCAUUUCAACAAUCACAGCUACAACAACAAUUUCAGUAUCAGUAUAGCCAACAACAGCAACAACAACAUUUUCAACAACCAGUGACUAUUGAAGAAGAAAUAGUACCUGCUAGUAACAAUACCAAUAUUCAAAUCAGCAAAUUCUUUGAUGACAAUAAGGGUGAUGAUGAGGACAUUGCCAAUUCAGGUAAUUUUAAUGAGUUUGAUCAUUCAAGAAAUAUAUCUCUUGAUGAUACCACUAUCACUGAUUUACAUCGACGUGAGAAUUCUAUAAAUCCACCUACAGGUUUGCCUCAUUCAAUUUCAUCAAAUACUAUUUACUCCUAUUCAUCAUUCGAAUCACCACAAUCUCAUAUUCAAUCACAACCACUGUAUUCACAAGGUUAUCAUAAUCAAAACAGUUUAUCGACCCCAUUGAGAAGAAAUAAGUCAUAUUCCAUAUCAUCAGCAAAUUUUAAUCAAUCACCAGUCAAUUUGGCAACUACAGCAAUGAAUAAGAUUAUGAAAACUCCUCUUCGAGGUCAUACACGAUCGAGAUCUAAAGUUGAUGUCAAUGCUGCUGUUACUGCUGCCAUGAAUUUAGGCCAAGCUACCAAAUCCAAUUCAACUUCAUCGUAUAACUCAACUUUGAAUCCAUUUUAUACUCCUUCGCAACAAUUAUCUUCAACUGAUGAUGACGAUAUUAGUACACCAUUGCUUACCCCAGGAACAAAAUUGCAUACUUCGAAAUCAACAUUUUUCAGUCCCUACAAUAAGGAUGAUCUUGAAGAUCAAGAUGACGAUGCGGUUAAACAAUUGCGUAAAGCUAAAUCCUAUACUAGUUUGUUACGUAAAAAGAAAAGAGAAGAUAUGACUCCUCUGAAGCAGAAUCAGCAACAUCAACAACAACAACAACAGCAGCAACAACAACAACAAUCCCGACAAUCAGGUGGUGGUCAUAUUCAGAAUCUUUCAUUUCCAAACUCAACCUCACAACCUAAAAUUGAUUUAUUAGCAUAUGAUCAAAAUCCAAUGACUUCAUAUCCACCAAUGGAUAAAAGUAUAUUGAAAAAUUUGAAUCAAUCAAUUUCACCAUUCAAUAAACCAAAAUUGUCACCACCUCCUUCUAAUUUCCCUUCAAUAUCUAUUGAUUUAACAACUAUUGCCACCAAUAAAUCAAGUUCAUUCCUGCUGUCAACGACUCAUCGUAACUACAAUGAAAAUACUCCAUUUAAUUCUGCCAAUUCAACUUCAGGUGGAUUAUUACCACCUAUGGCUACUUUUACUGUUCCUACGGUAAUCAAAGAAGAAUUACAAGUACAUAAUCUACAAGAAGAAGAACAAGAGCACCAAGAUGAACAAAUGGAGAUAGAUUCAUUUGAAUCAAAUGAAAAAAACGCUAGGCCAACUUUGUCAACAUCAUCAUUAGUGAGAUCAAUGAAAAUGGCAAAUUUGGAAAUAUCUAAUGAUCAACAAAUGUCUUCAAAUGAAGAUGAAAAUAUUGUCACUGAGGCUGUUGUUAAACAGGAAAAGAAUGGGCCCGUUGUUGAUGAUGUCAAUGGGACUGGAACCAAUAGUAAGAAACCUAGAAAGAAACAAAAAAGUAAAUCUAAAGAAAAUUGCAAUAAGAAGGGGAAAGUGGCGACAGGAAAUGGAAAGGAUAAUGAUAAAAACAAUGAAUGUCUUGUCAAUAAAGGUAAUAAAACUAACAAUAAUGAUACUAGUAAUGAUAAACUUGACAAUGACAAUAAAAAUACCAAUGGCAAUGGCAAUAAUGAUAAUGAUAAUGAUAGCGAAGAAAACAACGAUAACGUCGAUGAUGCAGACGACGACGAUGACGGUACAGUGACAAUCCCAAUCCCAGAAGAUUUAAAUGUUACAAAAGUUAAAGUUCGUAAUAAUCGAUCAAAAUCAAAUGAUAAAUCAGACCCUAAGAAGAAACAUAAAUGUCCAAUAUGUGAAUCAAGGUUUCAAAGACCAGAACAUGUUAAACGUCAUCUUAAAAGUCAUUCCUCAGAAAAACCAUUUGAAUGUCAAAUGCCAAACUGUGGUAAAAGAUUUAAUCGUAAAGAUAAUUUAAAAGCUCAUUUAAAAAAGAUUCAUGGACUUGUGAAAGGACAAGAAGAGUUUACAAGAGUGUUGAAUGAAAACAAAGAAGUUUCCUAA